AUGGAGCGUGAAACGAUUUUACCUUCUGCUAAUGAUAAUUGCACUGUAGAAUAUGAUAGACAUUUAUUAGAAGAAGAUCAAGUUAUCGAAAUAAAAGGAAAACUUUACAAAGUGGAAGAUUGUGCACUUCAACGAGCUUAUAAUGCAUGUGGUAUGUAUCUGUUACAAAUGGUUAGUAUUGCUUGUGAUGUUAUUCAAAAUGAAAAACAUAAAGUUCCAAGUAAACGACGUGUUCGUAAAUCUUUACGACGAA